CAACGCUACUUCUGAUGUUAUUUUUAUUCAGUAUCAUGUAAUAGAUCAUAGGUAAACUAGGCCGGCAUGGAAAUGUUGAAUUUCUUGCGUUUCGAGCGAGUCAUACUCCUCUAUUAUUAUUAUUAGGGACGCCAGCCACGCUCCUAAGCUGAUGCCACCCGCUUACUAGCACUUACUGUGACUUAGCAGUACUGUUGGGGAGUUGAUAUCUCAUUCAACUGUUAGCCGUAAAUGAUUAUGCCUUGCGUAUGACACAGGAUGUUAUAUGUCAAUAUGCGUCAGCGUGUGACCUAAAAUAUAGCCAUAGGUUUGCGCCUUCAUAAUCAUAUCCUAAUCCUCGGUACAUAAUUCAAAUCUUAGGCUUGUAAAGUAGGUGUUGAAGCCGGUGCGUCGCAGGCAGCAUCUGUAACCGGUGAGUUGCGAUGAGCAUCAACUUCUGCGCGUCAGUGCUUGGCGCGCGCAUCCACUGCGCUGCCGUCAGCUGCGACGGCUACGAGCCGGACAACUUGCUGCGGCGUCCCUCGCGAGGAUUUCUCGCCGAACGCUUCGUGAGGCCGCCUGUCACGAUCACGGUCACGCUCCCACUCAACGUUGACGUCAGCCACGUCGUCGUCACGACGACCGUUGGCGCGCAGACGACGACGGGACUUGAGAUCCUCGCGGCGCAUGGCGCGCCGGGGUCGCCCGCUGACCUCGAGGCGUGCCUCGACGGCGGCGAGAUGCCGGAUUGGCGGCAAGUGACGUUCGCCGUCGUCGCGCGCGCGUCGUCGCGUGUCGCAGAGUCCCCGCCGCCGUCGUCGUACGUUUUCGUAAAUGCUCGCUUCCGCGAGACGAGGUCGGCGGGAGCGUUCGGGCGGGCGCUGCCGGUGGGCGGGACCGCGCGGCCGAUGCGGCACCGCGACCCGGUCGUGCUCGCCAGGGCGCGCCAUGUGGCGGUGCGCAUCACGUCGACGGCAGCGGCGUGCGUGCCAGCACUCGGCAGCGUUGAGAUCUGGGGCCAGCCGGCGGCGGGCACGGCCAUGCAACUGGUGCGCGAACUCACUACCCUCCACCGCAGCCUGACAUUGCGCCACGUUGCCACCACAUGCUCACCAGGUGGCGCUAACACCCUCGCCGAAAUCGCCUGCCCACCGCGUGACGUCGCGGGUGGCCCCGAACCGGACUGUGAUGCAAUACCGCCGGAUUUUCUGGAUGCGAUUACCUUUGAGGUGAUGUCCCUUCCGGUGCUCCUCCCGUCGGGUCACACUGUGGACAGACGCACGCUGGAGCGGCACGCCGCGGAGGAGGAGCGGUGGGGGCGUCCGCCAAGUGACCCGUUCACGGGCGUGCGUUUCUCCCGCGCUGCCGCGUCGCUGCCCAACACACCGCUAAAGGCGAGGAUCGACGCGUUCCUGCUGCGACGUCCGGAUGUGGGCCGGCGCGUCGGACGCACAAGCGGCCGGGCGACGCAUCACGGAGCAGCGUUCGCCGAUUGUCGCCCGGACGCUCCGCCUACCUCCGCGGUCGGGGUCGGAAUCCCGGAAGAGAGACGCGCGGGUCGGAAGAGACAGAGCACGGACGAUUCCGCGGGGAUGUUCGUAUACAAUGCAUCGCCGACCGUGCUACGUCGCAGCACAUCAGCACGAUUGCUGCAAAGCGAAUCGUCACCUGUGACUAGUGAAGCGAGAGCGGGCUCCGGCCAUAGACUGACGCCUCAACAGGGUGAUAGUCACGACAGCUGUGUUUCCAAGGAAAAUACGGUGCGAGACGACGACCGUCCCAGUCUAGAUUCCGUUUUGAGCGCAACGCUCAAUUCUCUACCGUCUUUUCGUCUGAGAACGAAAACGAGCGAAGAAGACGACGUAACAAUGUGUAGUAGGUGUCGACAGCAGAGCGGCGUGUUCUACAGACCUCCGUGCGGACACAGUUUCUGCCGCUCGUGUCUACUGAAGGAUAAGCACGUCGCAAAAGUCUGUGAUAGAUGUGAAGCAACGUUCACUGCAAAGGAUUUCACAAGAGUUCAUGUGUGAAUUACAGAUUUCUGGUUCCCACUUUCAUGAGCUGCUAUCUGUGAUUUGUUGUUAGAUCUGUAAAUACUGCCUUGUGUGUAGUCUUUAUUUACCAGUGUUAAAUAAUUGUGGCAUUUUUGUGUUUGAGUGACCGACCAUGUGUGGUGGUUAUUAAUCAUUAUUAUUAAUUUGACCUUGUUAUUAAUAUUAUAAGGUAUUGACAUGGGUAUCGCUCCUUACGAAAAGCAAACAACGUGUAAAUUGUGUUAUAACUAUAUAUAUAGAAAUUUGGUAUUUAUGUCGAUAAU